AGGCAGUUCCUGUGGAGCUUUCGGCUGCCCGGGGAGGCACAGAAGAUCGACCGGAUGAUGGAGGCCUUUGCCCAGCGGUACUGCCAGUGCAACCCUGGCGUCUUCCAGUCCACAGACACCUGCUACGUGCUCUCCUUCGCCAUCAUCAUGCUGAACACCAGCCUGCACAACCCCAACGUGAAGGACAAGCCCACGGCAGAGCGCUUCAUCGCCAUGAACCGCGGCAUCAACGACGGGGGGGACCUGCCCGAGGAGCUGCUUCGGAAUCUCUACGAAAGCAUCAAGAAUGAGCCCUUCAAAAUCCCUGAGGACGACGGCAAUGACCUCACCCACACCUUCUUCAACCCCGACCGGGAGGGCUGGCUCCUAAAGCUCG